AUGGACGGAGUCAAAGUGAGACAGUCGGAUAGUGACGUAUCUGCGAGUUCUUGCAACACGUCAACUCCUGAUACCAAACAUGCUCUUCAGUCAAAUAUUCUAAGUGCAAUCAAGCAACGUCUUGCCGAGUUGGAUGCUGCCGAUGAUAUAUUGGUCACCGGAAAGAAGAAGCUAAAUGCUGAACGUGAGCUGGAGGAUGCAAGCAUCCGAAAGCGAAGAGAAAGAGAAGACGCGGAGUAUCAGCAAAAGGAAGAGGCGCACGAUCACGAGGAGGAUGAACUUCGACGCAAACUCAAGAAUCUCAAACGAGGGCUUCCCGUGGAUGAGAAGAUGACAGAAAACCAUCAUGCCAGCACGGUAUCAGAAUCCAUGUAUCCACCAGCGAAGAAGCAUCAACCUAAUCCUGCACCAAUGCCGGCGUUGAAUCCGCCGUCAAGACCCAACGCGAUGCAGCCUUUGCAACCUACGCAGCAAGAUAAACAGCCAAAACCUUCCUAUUACGGUUGGAAUGCAUAUGGGCCCGGCGAGACCUAUGCACCGCAGAAUCAAGCCCAUCCACCACAGCAUAAUCAGUUACAACCAUCUCCGUUGCCAAAUGGCGGGCAGCCUUCAUUUAAUCCUCCUGCCCCACCUCCUGAAUAUGGUCCAUCUCCUAAACAGACUACACCACUUUCUCACGCUCAGUCACCUCGUCAGCAAGCUCCGACGCCCGCACCACCGCCACCACCACCUCCACCAUUAGGCUCUCCAUCCGUCAAUCCACCUCCUAGACAGACCAUAAGGACACCAAUUCAACCAGCCUCGCAACCAAGACGUGGACAUCAGUCGUCAGCCAAAGCUCAGGCUCUUGCACUUGAAGCGGUUGGAUCUCACCCGCCGGUCAACAGUCCAACAGCUUCAACUUCAACCCUCAGUGGAAAGCCGAAGGCAUUCAUUACCCAUUCAUACUCCCGAUCCGAAACCUUUGCUAAUCGUUAUCACUAUUGUGAACGUACCGAUGAACUUGAUCGUGGUAUUUGGACGUAUUUUGGUCCUGGAGGAACGAAAGAGGCGCCAACCGUGGCUGGGAAGGAGAUGUACCUACGAUGUAACCAUGACGACUGUAUGAGGAUUGACUGGAAGACUGUUCAGGGUCUAAAGAGUCAUAUUGUCAAGCACCAUGGUAUACCUAGAGGGACCAUCGACAGUCUCGAGCUAGCGCUUGAGAAAUAUGGAGUUCCGGUCCAAGAUAUUGAAGAUCAUGAGAAGAAACAUGGACUUGGUUUUGCUGGCACAAUGGCUGAGAAAGGGACCCGUGGGAGUCCACGUGCCAGCAGACCCUCCAAUGAGAUAGUAUUCGACGCGGGUGUGGACCAUUCGCCAAUUCAUCCGGCGGUUAACAGUCCGACAAGGAAGCGUCGUCACACCUGUGCAUAUACCGAUAAUCUCGGCCGGGGAAUUUGGACAUAUUUGGGUCCGGGGGUGCCGAACGAGGCUGCUCCUGUGGCUGGCAAGAAGAAAAUGUAUUUGAGGUGCAAUUUUGAUCAUUGCAUGAAGAUUGGCCACAAGACUGUCACUGGUCUCAACAGUCAUUUAUGGAAGAAACAUGAUGCACCAGCUGUGCCAAUGGCCGGUGGACUCAAGGCAAUAUUUAAAACAUAUGGAGUUGAGGUUUUACAGAUUGAGAAGUACGAAAGAGAACAUGGGCAUGGCUCUGCUGGGACCACAACAGUAUCUCCCAAAGCUGUCUCUGUACCUGCUGCUGGACCCAGGACAAUCUUACCAAACAACCCACUCCCUGCUGAUACACGCGUGGCUUCUUCUCCUCCAGCCGUAUCUCUACACUUUAGUCCAAGUCAAGAGCAUGGCAUCGACACUACUGAGUGCUCUGAAUCGGGGAUAGCUUCUGAUUCAGAAUUCUCAACGCCGCCUACUUCAGAGGCGGGAGAUGAUGAGUGA